AUGACGCCCAAGAUUAUCCAGACGCCGGAGCACCAGCUGUCAGUUGCGAGAGGACGAAUCGAGCAACUUGAGAAGGAGAACGAUGAGUUGAGACUAAAAUUGAGUCAACUGAACCUCGAAAACAAGGCAUCAAUAGGCUCAAAACUCUUGAGAAUGCCUAUCAGGAGUCGUCGGUGUGGUCAAGACAACAGCAAUGAGGCACCACAUCCGCAAGAGACCCCGUCCUUUACUCGUUCAACGAGAGCUUCCCGUCUCCGUCAUUUUCAAACUCCUGCUACACACAUAACAAACACGUCCACAACAGGCAUCAUCCAGCGGUCCCCCUCGUCUGCCAGCAACAUCACACCAGGACCGAAACAUGUCAUCGUGCAUGGCAAGUCAUACGUCUAUGUCAAUGGUGAACUCAUGGAGAGGAGCCUUGGUUAUCUCAAACCCACAAAAGCCAUACUCAAUAGGUUCGGCACCAAGGUCAGCAGAGACGAGAGCUACAGCAUGGAUAGUUGGGGGGUGGUGGCCCACACCUUUUGCGACCCUCAUAAAUGUGAAGGAUCCAAGGCUGGUAACGAGGACGGCCCUCAACCAGAGUUGCCAUUUCAAAUCAUGACACAAGAGGAAUUCGAGGACAUGAUCGAGCGGCUAGGCAUUAGGCGACGAACCCGGUUGGGAGACGACGCUUGGCUGCAAAAGCCUACCAACAACGUUUUGAUUGACCACGACGAGCUGUUCGACAUCUUGUCCAGAGCCGAGAGGUUGGCGAAGAGAUGUCUCUUCAAAUGGAUGCGAAUCAAUCGACCGAAUAGAUGUGAUUGGAUGCCGAUCAACUACGUGUCGGAUAUAGACCUAGGACGACAGAGUUUGGAAUGGCUAACGCAGCCCUCAAAUUUCUUUCGCUACCGACACACAAAAUCCCACGAGGUCAAGGGAACCAUUCAGUGCCUCAUCGAGCUGAGAAAUCGGGUGCAUCAUUUCAGCGGUGGCACACUCAGAAUGGACGAAGUGGAUCAACAUUUAUUUUGGGUCCAACUUUUGGCAGUGCAGCUCUACGACGAAGAGAGCGCCAGAAGUGCCAGAAUUCUCAGGGACAGACUUCGUCACGUAGCUGAACAGAUCGCUGGAGAGAUCGAGACCCUGAACCUGCUCAGAGCGUUGCCAUUCGUGGGAGAGAAGCCAUGGCAACCCUAUCACAUUAAACUGUUCUCGUACGUCACGUCUCGCAUAGUGUGGGAGGGCUACGACAAAGUUCGUCAGUGGUACGCUCCAGCAGUCAUGGAGGCUGUAGAGGACUAUCCAUGUAACAGAAAGCCAUGGCACUGCAAGCCAGAUGUUGAAGCAAGUCUGGCUAAGGCACAGAUACCAGAGAAUGGUGGUCAUGGGCAGGCGCUUACGUCUGGAUCUGAUGAACAGCGGGGCCGCAUCACUGGCCAGGGCCUCCCAGUUCGCUGGAGGAGUUCGUCCGUGAACGGCCCCCGCAGGCUGGAACUGUACGGGAAUCAAGGCCAUGUACGAACUCCAGCUCGCCGGGGAACUUUCAGCUCUAGUGGUGCAGCGAGGGGACGAUCACUCCUGUAG